AACUCAGACUUAGUGGUAACACCGUUGUGUUUCUAAUUUAAGAACUAUCGAUACUCAUUGUUUCAUUGUUCAUUCAUAAAUUCUUAUUGGUUUAAAUUUAUGCAAUAUAAUUCUUACCACAUUUUUGCGGAUAAUCCAUGACAACUUUUGAAAUGCUUAGAUUUUUAAGAAAUACACGUUUGUAUUGCACAUCUGUUAGUGGAACGAAUAGAACAAAACCUGUCACUACAAAGGAAUCAAAAUUAAAUUUUAAAAAGUUGAAAUAUCCCACAAAAGUUCCGAUUAAUCCUGUGUUACAAAAUUUUCCAAUUGUAGAGAAGUCUGUGAUUGAUAACCCAACAAUACAACUACUUGAGCGGCUUGCUUUAGUAAAUUUGGAAAACAAAGAAGCAUUAAGCACAUUGGAAAGCAGUAUAGAAUUUGCUGAAAAAAUAACUCUAAUAGAAACAACAAACGUAUUACCUUUCUAUACAGUUUUGGAAGAUCAAACUUUGUAUUUGCGUGAAGAUAGCGUAACAGAAGGUAAUUCCCGAGAAAAUAUCUUGCGUGGUGCAAAGGUUACGGAGGAGGAUUAUUUUGUGUCACCACCUGGAAAUAUACCACUGCAACAAAAGGAUAAAGACUUUUCUGAAAACUCAACUGAAUGUAAGGAAAAUGCAUAAAGUUAAGAAAGCCGUUAAGGC